AUGGUUGCCGCUCAAACCCGCACCGCCGCGACUCGCCGCCAGCAGCCCAUCACCCCCGAGCACGCGCUGCAAAGUGUUGCUACUCUGCGCCGCAUCAACGAGGAUCGGCUAGCUGAUCGAGCCGCUGUCGACCUCUUGCCCCGCGCUGAUACCGACGAUGAGGCGGACUCGCCGUCUCCUGUCUACGACUCGUAUCUGAACUCGAGGGAAGAGAGUAUUCGCGAGAUGACCAACUUCGGUUGGCUGGAGUUUGAGCGGCUGUGGAGGAUGAUUCGCGACCACAUGACAGUGAACUGGAACACGGGACGUGGUCGCCGAUCGUCCUUCGGCGGCAAGGAUGUGUUUUUCAUGCUGCUUACUGUGCUGAAGAACUGCGGCAAGUGGGACGUGGUGGCGGCGGUGUUUCGGGUGAAGACGCCUUCGUUCCAGAAGAUGGUGACGAAGUUUGCAACGGUGCUGUCGCCCUUCCUGUACGAGACGCUGGUAGCAUCUGCACUGGAGAGGUUCCCGAUGAAGAAGCUCGUCCUGGGUGGCCAAGCCUUCACAAACUACCCCUAUGCCCGCUAUGCGACCGAAGUUACCUUUCAGCAGUCUAACAUGCCCGCUGGUCGCAUGCAGGAGCGUGCGCUCUACUACAGCAAGAAAUAUCACUUGCAUGGGUACAAGGUAGAGGUUCGAUGGUGA